AUGCUGUACCUGAUCCUACUCAUCACUGCUGUCUGCAGCACCGCUGUCUGUGGAACAGCACAGCCUGGGGACUCACAGUGGAGCACCGAGGACCUGUGCCAUAUUCGGAAAGGAUGCCAAGGAAUCGCUCUGUCAAAACCCAGUCCCGAUGGCGAUGCCACUUCGAUGAAAGAGCUGUGCAGAGCUGUAGGCGAUAAACUCAGCGUACUCGACUCCAACAUAUGUGAAUCACUUCUGUCCCCGAUAGAGGACCCAGACGACGAAGACAACCCCCAGGUAGACAAGGUGGACGAGCAGCUUCCCCAGUCCGACCUGGCCUCCCUGGCCCUUAGCGGGCGCACGAACUACUUUUCCGACUGUUCUGACAUCCACACGGCCCUGUCCCUGUUCAAUGCCGUGUCUAGUGGUGUACAUGACAUAAUGCCUGUAGGUCUGACCAGCCCCUUAUCUGUAUACUGUGAUCAGACCACAGAUGGGGGAGGGUGGACGGUCAUACAGAGGAGGCUUGACGGGUCCAUCGACUUUAACCGACUUUAUAACGACUUUAGGUACGGGUUUGGUUCAUCCGCUGGGGAGCAGUGGUUGGGGUUGGAGAAUAUGUACCGUUUGACCGAUCAGGAUGCGUAUGAGCUAUACAUAGAAUUGGAGGAUUGGGACAGUGUGGUGAAGUACGCCAAAUACUCGUCAUUCUCGGUGGGGAGUGGUUCCUACUAUCGUCUUUCUGUUGGUGGGUACAGUGGGACGGCUGGGGAUGGGUUUUACUUAUCAGGAGGCUCAUCGAAUGCUAACUACCUAAACGGUCAGGGCUUCAGCGCUAGGAAUGAAGAUCGUGAUACAUCGUCGGCGUCAUGCGCCAGUACUAACAGUUAUUCCACAGGAGGGUGGUGGUACAAGAGCUGUGGUUAUUCUGCCCUCAAUGGCCCGUACCUGCGUCCCUCUGACCGUACUAGUGGCAGUGGCGGCGGGAUCGUAUGGUACCCGUUUGCAGGCUCCUAUUGGUACUAUCUGAAAAAGUCCAAAAUGAUGGUCCGUCCUGCCAACUUCCAACCAUAA